UAUCCAAUGUAUCUACGUUCACCUUAGUGUUUUCAUAACUUAUUGUGUGCAAUAUGCAUAUUAUGCACCUCACAGAGAGCACGGUAAACGGGGACGGAAGGAAGGAUGGGUACCAUCUUGGACAUUUCUUUAUGGACUACAUGACUAAGUUUCCUGAAGAUUGUGUGUGGCAGAUAGAUGCUGCCACAGGCGAAUCAGAGUCGAAGUUAUCAGUAAAAUCCCGUUCAAUACGACUCGCAAUAUGCCUCCGGCAUGCAGGGCUGAGGCCAGGUGAUGUGGCCGUGGUAUCGGGGAGAAAUCAUCUGGACGUCCACAUUCCUUUCUACGCUGCUUAUAUGAAUGGGUUACCAUUGGCCGGGAUCGAUCCUGUUUAUAAAUAUGAUGAAAUCAAAUGUCAUUUCGAGACGACCAAACCGAAAAUAGUAUUCUGUGAGCUGGAUAACUUCGGUGACAUGAAAAGAGUUGUGACAGACUUAGAACUGGACACGAAAUUAGUGACAUUUGGGGACGGAGAGCAUUCUAUGGCAAAGUUUUUGAAGAUGUAUGACGAUCUCACACCGGAACACGCAUUCAAAGUGGCGACCUUCGAUACUGAUAAAGUGUUCGCAUGGCUCAUCAGUACCAGUGGCACCACGGGGCUGCCCAAGGUCGCAGCCUUCAAGCACCAAACCAUCAUCAAGAUAUUUCAACUGUACGUGCUGCUUAAAGAAAAAGAAGUGCAGCCAGCUCUAAACUUGUCGAGCGUGCAGUGGAUAUCCUCGUACAUGGUGUCUCUCGCCAUGAUAACAGCCAACCACGUCAAGGUUCAGUCUUCAGCACCCAUAACUGUAGAACAUGCGAUUGAUAUCAUCAACACAUAUCGGCCGGUCAUAAACAUCGGGAGCCCACUGCUGUUGGCCGGUAUCGCCCGGCACCCGAAACCCUGUGACAUGACUAGCUUUAAGACCAUUGUUGUCACUGGCUCCUCUAUUAACGCUGAGAUUUUAAAAUUACUCAAAUCGAAAAUGCGGCCACAAGCUGAGAUUUGGAACCUGUUUGCACAAACUGAGUGCGUGGGGCCCAUCUUCCUGCCGUGCCCUAACGGCCCCGUUGGAAAUGUGGGGAAAGAAUUAGACCUAGUGCAAGUUCAGUUGGUUGAUACCAAAACUGGUGAAGUGAUUCUUGAGCCAAAUACGGUUGGAGAGCUUUGGUCUAAGGGGCCAAGGUUUGCUGAAUACUACAACAACCCAGAGGCGACCGCUCAGGCUAUCACUCCUGACGGCUGGUAUAAAACCGGGGACCUGUUGUACAGAGAUGAAGAUGGUUACUACUUCUACGUCGACCGUAUGUCUAGCGCCUUCAAAGUUCGUCGUUACUUCGUAAUGCCCAUGGAGGUGGAGUCAGUUAUCAAGACACACGCCGACGUGUUGGAGGCGUGUGUUGUCGGCGUCCCUCACGCCGAAGACGGCAAGCGCGCCGCCGCCGCCGUGCAGUGCCGAGUCGGCGCUGCCGUCACCGAGCAAGAGAUCAAGGAUCUCGUAGCUAAUAAACUCAGCGUCCAUAAGCAUCUACACGGCGGAGUCAUUUUCGUGGAAGAUUUCCCUCGUACAGUCUCCGGCAAAAUAAUUCGGCCAAAAGUUUACGAUAUGGUCUUACGAGUUCAAAAUGAAUAUUGCGAUGUUUCCACUUUAAGAGAAUCGUCAAAUGGAACGAUUAGUAACAGUAAUCAUGUUAUGAAAUAGACCUUUGGCUGAUAUACAAGAAAAUAUAUGUACCUAUAAUUUAUCUAAAUGUAUAGAUCGUACCCUUGGUCAAAUAACGACACAUCUACAAAAUGUUCACUUUUCAGGAGAGAGGUUUAAAAAUUUCGCGAGUGAAUUUUUGAGGAUAACUUUUUAGUGCUUAUAGCAAUGUACCCAAAAUUUUGCGUGAGUAUUUUUGUAAAUGCAAGUAAUUGUAUACGCUUAACUCUGUCUUAUUUAAUGCAUUAUUUUUGAAAAUAGUACGUCGUAUGUGCACAUACGGCAUUAUUUUACCAAAGGUCAAGUGACGCAUGUGAUGAUCCGUCGUUAUUUGAAUUAAAUUUAAAUAUUUUAAAAAACGUCAGAAUUACAUUAAAUUCAUAGCAUAGUAUCAGCAAAAUAUACUUAAAACAUUAUAAGAUAGUUUUUAUUAAUAUGCCAAAAAUCAAUAAAGAAUGUCGUAUGUGAUGAUCUGACUGCCUAAUUUACUCCAAAAAACAGAACUUCAACAGCCGUAUGUGCAGAUGCGAUAGUUUUACGCAAGACUGUCUUAAUAACAUUUAAAACUAUUCUCCAUUCGGGAUAUUCUUUUUGCACCCUAUUUAUGCCAAUUUCGAUCUAUCGAGCGGUACAUGUAAAUGUUCCAGUAACACUGACACAAACACAACUGAUUUUACGACGGCAUGCGCGCCGUAUUGCGCUCCCGGAACCGACGUAAACAAACGAAGCAUGUGCAUUUGUGGCAUUAUUUUACGUCCAUUGCUUUUACUUACGUCGUUGUAUUGAAAAAUAUCUCAGAAACUAAAAGAUAUAAAAAUAAUUUUCUUAAAGUAUACUGUAGAAUUUACUAUUUUCAGCUUUUUUCCGCAAUAAAAAGAAUAUCGACGUAAAGUCACAUAUUGCAUUAUUUUACCAAGAGUUCGAGGUAUGUGAUAAGUAAUUUAUGAA